AUGCCUGGCCGCUAUGUGCACCCAGACUGGAGUCUAUCUAUCAUGCCAGUAGCGGCGGUGCCACUCGCAAUAACCAUCGCAUAUGGCAUUUACAUCCUCGCCUACCCGCCCGCCACCUCCCUCGCCCGUAAACAAUCCAUGUUAUACCUCCUCGUACCGGCGUUCUUCACAUUCCGAUAUUGCGAUUACAUCUCGCCCGACUCGAACCACGUCGAUACACUUGCCCGAGCAUGUAUCAUCUGGUUCGCACACAUGAGCUACGAAGUAUGCAUCUUGGAAUUCAAGCCCGACGUGCGUCCUGGCCCAAAUGAAAUGAAGGAGCGCAUCAAACAAGCAUACAAGGUCUUCUUUGACCGGAGCCAUGUCCAGAUUGUCGAGCAGCAGCAACAGCAUCUACAGGAGCAUCAAAAGGAAUACAACAGUCUGUCAAGAGCAGUGUACAGCAUCAACGUCGAGGAAAAGCAGAGUCUCAUUGCUUCAGAAAAGAAGACGGACGAUGCACUCAAUACCUCAGAGCAAAAGUCGCAACAACACACCCCACAAGCCCGCUACCAACACGGCUACUCCCGCUGGCAAUUCGUCCUCUACCACACCCUCAAAACCCUCCGCCUCUACGCCCAGGCAUGCGCGUGGGAAUACUACGACUACCACGUCUCCCCCUUCCGCAAAGACCCAGACGCCUACGCCAACAAAUCCCAAAUCCCCUUCUUCAGCCGCCUCCCCUCCUCGCUGCACUGGCGAGAAGUCUACUGGCGCACCGAGGAAGCUUUCUCCUGGAACGUGCCGACAAAGUGGAUGUACGAGAGCUACCACAGCGUCUUCGCCAUAAUCCACGUUGCUCUGGGCAUCGACGGCCCAGAGGAAUGGGGUCUGGGGCUCUUUGGUAACCUGUCUGCUGCGUGGUCGGUGCGACGGUACUGGAGGCACUACUGGCACAACUUCAUCUACCAUUCCUUUAGCGGCCAUGUCAAGUGCGUGACGAGGGGCUGGCUCGGUAUGCCGCGCAACAUGUUCACGCGCUUAGUCGAGAAUACGCUUGUCUUCUUCCUUUCCGGGCUUAUGCACUCGGCGGUGCGGUGGCAGGUUGCUCCCUGGUCCGAUAUCUGGGCCAUUACCUUCAUGUACACGAGUCAGAUGGUUCCGCUAGUUAUCGAGGGCGGUGUGGUGUGUUGCUGGAGGAAGGUGAGGAAGAGCUUGGGAUACGGUCCUGAUGCCAAGUGGGUUAAUUAUGCAGAGUAUGCCAUAGGAUAUUUUUGGGCGUUUGCGUGGCAGUUUUACAGUGUCUCGACGUACUGGUUGGUGAGGGAUAAGUGGACCGAGGAGAAGAUGGCGAGGACUUAUCAGAAGGAGAUGGAAAGCUGGGGUCUCAAUGAGACGGAGGUGACGAGGGAUUGA